AUGAGGACUUCAACGCAAAAUUUGUUAAAGAAUGGUCUUUAUGAACGUUUCAGACAAGAUCCCAAAGGUCGAGGUGAAAUUUGGAUUGAUCCAUCGGAGCAGAUAUUGGAAUGGUUUGUUGGUGGUCAAUGCAUUAAACGUUUUAAGUUUGGAGAACCAAUUAUUAAUGCUGGUGUGGUUGAUUUCGAAAAGGCUUCAGAUUGUCUCGUGAUCGUUCUUCAAGACACUGCACAUGUGUACUAUCUGAAGUCCGGAGACUCUACAUGUGUAUGCUUUCCAUUCUCAAUAUCCAAUGCAUUUUUCUAUUGUCAUGGCCUGAUUUUAGAAAGGAAGAGUGGUGCAACUCUUGAAUGGGAUAAUACAGAACAGCAAUACAAAUUUAUUACAUUAACUGAUCCGAUGGCGGCCUUUGGGUUUUUAUUCUUCUCAGUAAAACAAUCUCAAGAAGAACUACAGAACCUCACAAUGGUCUCCUUCCCAAGAACCGAUAAAUUCUCAAUAACUGCGUUGUUCGAUGAGACGACUUUGACCCUAAAUUUAUAUUACACCCAAAUUCUUUCAAGCAAACAACAAUACCCACUUAAUAAGUCUCAAAAUGAUUAUCAAAGUAUAUCUGGUGCUACAACGUCAAACGAUUAUAGUAGCCAUAACAACAAAAAUUUACGAAAAAUAUCAUUAUUAAAUAGAAGAUCCACUUCAAUGAACACAACUAACAACGACAACGACGACAUAUCAUCAUUAUUAAGUAGAGAGGAUCAUCGAAUAAGUUCUCAGAAUUUUACGAAACGAAGCCUUUCCGCCACUUUAGAUCGCAUGAGUAAUUCUGCCAUAAUAUCACCGAAUGUCGACUUCAAUCUUAAUUCCCCAUUCCAAGCCAUUCAAGAAGAUUCUGGCCAGGCAAUUCUUUCAAAAGAUAUUGUACUUACUAAAAUAUCGUCACUAGCUCUCCCUUCUACUCUUUGCUUGAAAGAAACUCCUUUAAAAUAUAUUCCUUUAACUUACGACAUGCAGGAGGCCCUGAUUAUAUUUCACCCUUCCUCCCAAUUCAGCAAGAUUUGGCUUAUAAAACUAAUACCGGGUGUGAUUGAGUCGCCAUCAUUUAGAAAAUAUGGUGAAUCAUUACCAGAAAUGAUAUCAUUAUCCAAUGUUGAUAUGUCAGAACCAUUUAUGGACCUUAAUCCCUAUUAUCAUGAUAAUUUAUCGGGAACACUCGUACGUACCCAUAUAGAUGAGCGAGAAAGAUUUUUUUCACUGUACAAUCCAUUUCUACAAAUAUCUUCACCUUUAACUAAAGCAAGAAUAUAUGAUCAGGAUAAUCAUAAAAAUCCAAUAGAUCUUUUAAUUAACGACAGAGAUUUUUUUCUUCCUCCAUCAACGACCUUAGUAUCACUAUGUUUUAAAGCUUUCUUCUGGGUUUGUCAUCCAACAAUUUAUUACUCGUUGGCAUACAUGUGGCAAUAUACAUUUGAGGUACUGAAAAAUCAGCAAGAGAUGAAGGAUCUACCUCUAACUACCUUGGAAUUUCAAUGUUUAAAAAUGAUUUUGCAAAACUUGAUUAUGAACUCAACUGAUUCACAGGGAUAUCCUGACUUAUUUUUAAAUUCACUCUUUAAUAACUUGCGCAAUCUAUCUUUAGUAGAGAUGCUACCAAGAAUGGUAGUGGGCUUACAUUUAAUUCGAGAAGAACUAUUACUAGAUAUUUUUUGUGAAAAUGAUGUAAACGUUUUAACUGAAUUUCUACAGUUUGCAAUGGAAGCUAUGAAUUGGCCUGCAAACUGGAAGCAAUAUUACCAGCUUUCCUUUAACACGUCAAGUAAACCCCUCAACUCAGACGUCAAAUUUACUUUACCAACUGACGAACCUCCCUCAAUAAUGAAAUCACUUUAUAGCAUAACGAAAAAUAGCAAAAUUCCAAUUACGCGGUUUAUAACUUUCUCCAGGCUUGUCAAUGCAGACGCAAGUAUUGAUUUGUUAAUUACACCAAGAUGUUUUAAACUAUUGAGACUAUAUGAAUUAACUCAUUCCUACGGUUAUUCUGAUGCAGAUAUUCUUGAUAUUUUAACUGAAUUGGCGAUAACACAUUUAGAAUUAGAGACAUUCCCACUUGGCGUAUUAACUCCACUAAAGACCACCAUAAGAAUAAUUGAAAGUAAGCUAUCACAAAUAACCAAGGAUGUUGAUUUAUCUGUCUUAUCAAGACCUGAUUUAGAAAUAUCAGUUUCGAAUAUUAAGAGAAUAAAGUAUGGAAAAAAUCCUACUUCUGGAUUACAAAGAGACAACUCGAAACAACGUCUACUAUGUAACAGGAUAAAAGCAAUAAGAAACAUCAAUGAGAGGCCACCCAAUAUAUACGAUAUCAUAUCAGAUGUUGUGAAAGAUGCAAUGCAGUCAUCUGGAGAGGAUAGUAACUUAUUUUCCACACAAAAGGGAACAAACGGGGAAAGAAACAAUAAUUUUGAUACUGCCUUCACUAAUAUACAUGCAGACCAACUAUUUCCACAAGAUCGAAGAUAUUACCAAAUAUUGUCACUAUUAGAUUAUAAUCGUACACAAAGAAUACUAUUCAUGCCAAAAGAGGCUGAUUAUGGUAUUUUAUUACAGAGAAAGAAGGUAAUUAUCAGUAUAACAAGUGUAAGAACAUGUUAUGCUGCAUUGGGAAGGAGUGCCAUUUUAUAUGCUUCUGAAUCUCCAUUAUCAACCCAAAAAUGGUCUCAUAAAGAGCUAAAUUUGUCCUUUAUAUUCCCUGAUGGAACAAGAAUGUCACCUGAUGAAGAAUCCAUAAAAGACUUAGUCCUAAUGGGACAGUUUCAUACAGGUGUAAACUCUGGAUUAUCAAUUUCUAGGCAAACAUCGAACAUCACUGGAAGUUGGAUCGUUUUUAACAAACCUCAAGAACUAGAUGCUCAGCAUGGUGGGUUUCUGUUGGGGCUAGGACUGAAUGGCCAUUUGAAGAAUCUUGAAGAGUGGCAUGUUUACAAUUAUCUGAGUCCAAAGAAUACACAUGUAAGUGUUGGUCUCUUAUUAGGUAUGUGCGCCAGUUUAAAAGAAACAAUGGAUUUGAAGUUAACAAAAGUUUUGAGUGUCCAUAUCGUUGCCUUACUCCCUCCUGGUUCAAGUGAUUUAAAUAUAAAUAUUGGGGUCCAGACCGUUAGUUUAGUAGGUUUGGGACUACUCUACCAGAAUUCGCGACACAAGCGAAUGAGUGAUCUAUUGUUAUCUCAAAUUUCAUCAAUGGUAAAUGUGAAUGAUGAAUCGCAAGUGAAUGAGAGCUACAGGAUAGGUGCUGGUAUAGCCUUAGGAUUAAUAAAUAUGAACGCUUACGGAAAAAAUCGCUGUGAUAACUCACAGUCUAAUAGUGAUGAAGAUCUAGAAGAUAUGGACGAGGAACCGUUACCUAUUCCUGAUUUUUCAACAGCAAAGGAUAGAGUAUCUACCGAAUUAAUAGAAUCACUGAUUUCAAUAGUAACAGACGUUUAUGAUGUAGAACCCUCAUGGAUACCCGAAGCCAGUCAUAUCGGGGCGGUUAUGGCACUUAUUCUUAUUUUCCUAAAAUCAAAUAAUUAUGGAAUUGCAUCAAAACUAAGACCUGAUAUGGACUUAACAAGACCUCAGAAUGGACAUCCCGAAAUGUUUCUGUUUAGAGAAUGGUCAUAUCAUAUGAUUAUGUGGAAUUCAGUUAACAGCAACCUUUCGUUCUUGUUAGAUAAAAUCGAUAAGGAAAAAAUUUCCAAUUUUGACUCAGACAUUGUUCCGAUCUACUUUAUAAUUGCUGGACGAGCCUUAUCAGUUGGUAUUAAAUAUUCUUCAAGUGGAUCUUUUGAAGUCCGAGACAAUCUUUUAUUGUUAAUUGAUAGAUUUAUUCCAUUUUACCAAUAUCCUGGAAAACGUGCGCCUGAUUUCCGGUCGAUCAUAAAUUCCCUAACCAUCCUGGUAAACAUAUUAAUCAUUUCCGUAAGUAUGGUAAUGUGCUCAACUGGUGAUUUAGAAGUUCUUAAAAGAAUAAGAUAUCUUCAUGAAACAAUCUUAGGUGUCAACUCAGACCUAUACGCCAGUAGGAAUGCCGACAUCGAAGAAGAGACGGACCGCGUAUGUUCAGAAGCAUCGAGAGAUCUACGCGAACCCUCGGACGAUACAGGGUCGCCUGACAGUAACACGGCAAACCCAGGUGAUAGCGACUAUAACAGCGACGAUGAUGAUCCUGUCAGUGGAAAAAACGACUUAGGUGAAGACGAAGGUACCGAUUUUGAGUACCAUAUUCCAAAAUAUAUUUCCACGAAUCUUGCAUUGGGAUUCUUAUUUUUAGGCUCUGGUCAAUAUGCUUUAAACACUUCUAGUGUGUCCACUACAGCAUACCUUAUAUUAUCAGUCUUACCCCUAUAUAUGAUUGAUGGCCCGCUAGAAGAUUGCUUGAAAUACUUCUGGAGUAUGAGCAUCGAAUCACGAUGUCUGGUGGUCAAAGACUCUAUUACAGGUAACGUACUCGACAAUGUUCCUGUUAAUAUUAUUCAGCGGUCAAGCAAUGACGGCGAAUUACUUUCAAGAGAAGUCAUUUCCCCAUGCUUGCUACCAGAUAUUAGACUUAUAAGAAAAAUAUCAGUCUCGUCAAAAGAUUAUUUCCCAUUGGAAAUUGAAUUUGAUGAAGACAUUCGACCUGAACUAUAUUUUAACAGCGGUACAGUAAUCUAUAUCAAACCACGCUUAAAUAAUGAUUCGGCUAAUGAAAAUGAGAUGUUUGACAAUACUAAAGACCUUCAAUCUACGCUAAAGAGAAAAAUAAAUGAUCUAGAGGACCAUCCGGCUGUGGAAGCACCUAGAUUUGCGUCUAGUUUGUUUGAAAGAUUAAAUGUUGGAAAUGAGACAGUCAUUGAACUAGAAACCGCUUUUUCUAAUGAAGGCCGCCCGAUUAGUAUAUCAGAAACGUUGAACCAAAAUAUGACAUUUUCAGACGUCAAUAAAGGAAAUGUGGUAGACUAUGAACUGGAGCUGUGGAGAAAUGAACACUUGUGA